ACCUCAUUAGCAUAACCUAUUCCGUACAAUUAAACAAGGAGUACUUCACAUCAAUCUAUAUAUAUGCAACAAGCAAACCCAGGCCAUCUUAAAACCUCAUUUACAAAGAAAUGAAUUCAUUAUUUGAGAGAGAAUGCAGUAGUGGAUAUGAAUCUGGUUGGACAAUAUACUUCGAACACGAAAAUUCUCUUCUUUCUCCGCAUCAAAAGAGUGCCAAUUUUUACAUCACAGAAGAUCAUGAUGAAGAAGAUUCAUCGAUGGUGUCUGACGCAUCCUCAGGGCCGCCACAUAUUUGCGACGACGGUAACUUCUUUAUUUAUCCACCGAAUGAUGUUAUGUUCCCUGAGAAAAAUGGCCAGAGGAAGAAAAACCACGACCUUCGUCGAAAAAAAGAUCAAGAACAAGUUUCUUUUCUUGAUGAUACUGCUAGCUCACCUAUCUUCAAUUUAUCUACGAACAAUUUAGCAUCCUCCAACGUCGAAACUUCGACAGAGACCAUGUUAAGCUUCUCACAGGGGCACUCUUCAACUCAAUUUGAGGGUAAAUCUAGAUUCCAAGGGCAUUAUGGUUGCGGCAAGUCUCCUGCAUCCGGUGAAAAACUGCAACAAUAUCAGUGGAAUGGAAAGAAGAGAUGAAGAACAACUCACAACAAAGCUGCAGCUGAGCUGCUAAAGAUGAAUAUCUGGAUCUAAAUUUUUAACUUUUUUCAAUUUUACUCAUUUGUUGUCAAUUUUAUAGCUAGGUAACAAUCCAGAAAAAGUAGGAAAAAAACUUCGGGCUUCUCAAAAUUCCGUCGUAAAUAGACAUGUGUGUUGUAACGAAAAUAUUUCAUGUAUUAUAAUAUUUCAUUUCCUUAUGAAUUAAAAUUUAUUGUCU